CUCUCUCUGUUAUUCUAUGCUUCAUGGGCUCUGAAGGAUCCAGGGUGGUUGUUCCUAGGAAUUUUAGAUUAUUGGAAGAGCUCGAGAGAGGUGAAAAGGGGAUUGGGGAUGGAACUGUCAGCUAUGGCAUGGAUGAUCCAGAUGAUUUGCUAAUGCAAUCUUGGACUGGUACCAUUAUAGGUCCACCUAAUACUGUUCAUGAAGGGCGAAUCUACCAAUUGAAGCUAUUUUGUGGAAAGGAUUAUCCAGAUAAUCCACCAGCUGUUAGAUUCCAAAGUAGGAUAAACAUGACAUGUGUCAAUCCCGAAACUGGAAUGGUUGAAAGGAACCUCCUUCCCAUGCUUGCAAAAUGGCAAAGGGAAUACACAAUGGAGGAUAUAUUAACUCAAUUGAAGAAAGAAAUGAUGUCCUCACAAAAUAGGAAGCUGGCUCAGCCUCCUGAAGGGAACGAAGAGGGAAGGACAGAACAAAAGGGGCUAGUCCUGAAAUGUUGCAUUCUUUGAUUCGGAUUUUGGGCGUACAGGGAGAAUCAGAUUGGUGAAUGCUGAAGGCUUCUAAGAUAGCAGUUAACAUAGCAAUUUGAAUUUGGCCAGCUCCCAAGAAGGAGCUUUGUUUUCUGAAGUAAAUGAUGUGUGUUAUGUAAGGAUGAAGCUUUGAAGAUGGAUCUUCUCAGUGUAAAUGAAUUCUUCUAUAUCAUCAACGUUUAAGCUAUAAAUGUACUUAAAAUAUAUGAGUUUGGUUAUGGGUUUUUUACCAAAUGAACAACAAAAAA